AUGGCUUCUAACUUUAAUGAUAUCGUGAAGCAAGGAUAUGUGAAAAUCCGGAGUAAAAAACUAGGGAUCUUCAGGAGAUGCUGGCUGGUUUUUAAGAAGGCGUCGAGUAAAGGACCCAGACGAUUAGAGAAAUACCCUGAUGAGAAAGCAGCUUACUUCAGAAGUUUUCACAAGAUAACUGAACUUCACAGCGUCAAGAACAUAACCAGAAUGCCCCGCGAGACUAAGAAACACGCGGUGGCAAUUAUCUUCUUCGAUGAAUCGUCAAAGACGUUCGCCUGUGAGUCAGAGCUGGAGGCUGAGGAGUGGUGUAAGCUGCUGUGUUUGGAGUGUUUGGGAAGCAGGCUGAAUGACAUCAGCCUUGGAGAACCAGACCUGUUAGCAGCAGGCGUGCAGAGGGAGCAGAAUGAGAGAUUCCACGUGUACCUGAUGCCCACCCCAAACCUUGAUAUUUAUGGCGAAUGUACUAUGCAGAUCACGCAUGAGAACAUUUACCUGUGGGACAUUCACAAUGCCAGAGUCAAACUCGUCAUGUGGCCCCUUAAUUCACUCAGAAGAUACGGGAGAGACUCCACCUGGUUCACGUUUGAAUCUGGGAGGAUGUGUGACACAGGAGAGGGCCUGUUCACAUUUCAGACACGGGAAGGAGAGAUGAUCUAUCAGAGGGUCCACUCUGCCACCCUCUCUAUAGCGGAACAGCAUGAACGAAUGAUGAUGGAGGUGGAGAGGAGCUCACAGACACUCGCGAAUGAGAACACGUUGACAAAGUCGAUAUCUCUUCCAAGGAGUGCUUAUUGGCACCACAUCAUGCGACAGAAUAGUGUGGGAGAUAUUUACAGAUACCAAGGUAAGACUACAGGCACGAACAUGACUAUGACACACAUUCCUCGAGCACAGACUUUCCCAAACUUUCUCUCUGAGCAGUGUGAGGGAGAACAGCAAACGAGUCCAAACCUGGAGCAAGCUAUGUCUCCCUCUAGUGACAAUGAGACAAACUACAGCACUGCAGCGCUCCAUUGA